AUGAUCAUUCCUAUCCGGUGCUUCUCAUGCGGCAAGGUCGUUGGGGACAAAUGGGAGACAUAUUUGACGUUAUUGCAAGACGAGACCUUGACUGAGGGUGAUGCUUUGGAUCAGCUCAAAUUGAAGAGAUACUGCUGCAGAAGAAUGGUGUUGACUCACGUCGAUUUAAUCGAAAAGUUUUUGAGAUACAAUCCUUUGGAAAAGAAGGAGAUCAGCUAG